CCAGCGCUCGCUCACAUAGCUGAAUCCCGCCCUCGCUCGUCCAGCGCCUUACACACGUCGAGCAUACCCCGACCCGCCGUCAUGGCUGAACCAGAAAAGAAGAUCCUGCCAGUCGACGGCGAGCGCAAUGUGCUCAUCACCAGCGCGCUCCCCUACGUAAACAACGUCCCGCAUCUGGGCAACAUCGUGGGCUCGGUGCUCUCCGCCGACGUCUUCGCCCGCUACUCGCGCGCCCGAGGCUACAACACGCUCUACAUCUGCGGCACCGACGAGUACGGCACCGCCACCGAGACAAAGGCCAUCGAAGAGAAGGUCACGCCCGAGCAGCUCUGCACCAAGUAUAACGCGCUGCACGCCGACGUCUACAAGUGGUUCAACAUCGGCUUCGACCACUUCGGCCGGACUCCGACCCAGCAGCAGACAGACAUUGCCCAGGACAUCUUCACCAAGCUGCACAAGAACGGCUACCUCGAGGAGCAGACCACCACGCAGCCGUACUGCGAGACCCACAAGAGCUUCCUCGCAGAUCGAUUCGUCGAGGGCACCUGCCCGCUGUGCCAGUACGACGAUGCCCGCGGUGACCAGUGCGACAAGUGCGGCCACCUGCUCGAUCCGCUGGAGCUCAUCAACCCGCGCUGCAAGCUGGACGGUGCGACGCCCGUGCCCAAAGAGACAAAGCACGUGUACCUUCUGUUGGACAAGCUGCAGCCAUUGGAGGAGGAGUGGUUCGCCAAAGCCAGCAAGGAGGGCAACUGGAGCUCCAACGGUGUUCACAUCACGUCCAGCUGGUUGAAGGAGGGCCUGAAGCCGCGAGGCAUCACCCGCGACCUCAAGUGGGGCACUGCUGUUCCUCUCGAGGGCUACGAGAACAAGGUCAUGUACGUGUGGUUCGACGCGUGCAUUGGCUACGUCUCGAUAACAGCUACGUACACGGACCAGUGGGAGAAGUGGUGGCGCAAUCCUGAGAACGUGAAGCUCUACCAGUUCAUGGGCAAGGACAAUGUGCCCUUCCACACCGUCGUCUUCCCCUCGUCCCAGAUCGGCACUGGAGACAAGUGGACCAUGCUCAACACCAUCUCCACCACCGAGUACCUCAACUACGAACACGGCAAGUUCUCCAAGUCAAGAGGUAUCGGCGUCUUCGGCAACAAUGCGAAAGAAACCGGCAUCCCCUCGGACGUCUGGCGCUACUACCUUCUCUCCCAUCGCCCGGAGACUGGCGACACAGAGUUCGAGUGGAAGGGCUUCAUCGACUCGAACAACAACGAGUUGUUGAAGAACCUGGGCAACUUCAUAAACCGCGUCAUCAAGUUCUUGAACUCCAAGAUCUACGACUCCAUCGUACCAGACUACACCAAAUUCACAAGCGAAUACCUCGAUGCGCACAAAAAGAAGGUCAACGAAGCACUGAAGCGGUAUAUCGCGGAGUUGGAGGACGUCAAGAUCAGGGCCGCCCUUGCCACAGCGCUCCACGUCUCGAGCUUGGGCAACACCCUCUUGCAGGACAAUAAGCUCGACAAUGCCUUGGCCACAAACGAGCCGGAUAGAUGUGCUGCCGUUGUCGGUAUGGCCCUGAGCCACAUCCACUUGCUCGCUUCCCUCAUCCACCCAUACAUGCCCGACACCACCACCUCCAUCCUCGCUCAACUAAACACUAGCUUCCUCACCAUCCCCGACGAUUGGGAAGCCCGAUCGCUCCCUGUGGGCCACAAGAUCGGCAAAGCGGCCUACCUUUUCUCUCAGAUCAAGCCUGAGCGCGAGCAAGAGUGGAGGGAACAGUUUGGUGGUGAGGAGGCACGGAAAGCCAAGGAGGAGAAGGCCGCCAAGGCUGCUGCCAAGAAGGCAGAGAAGGAGCGCAAGAAGGCGAAGAAAGCUGCGGGUAAAGUUGGGGAGGGCGUAGAGGCGACCGAAAAGGGCGGAAAGGGCGAGAUACCCGCCGAGAAGACUGCUGUGGAAGAAGUCGCCGAGGGCGUCAAGCAGACGAGUCUACAGAGCUCCUAGGCAGUGCACGUGCGGUUCUAUCUACUCCUCUGGACCACAACCAAGCUUGAGCCGUGGAUGGGCUUGAAUGACUUUUGGCUGUUGCUGUGUCUAUUUCUCUUGUUUGUAUUACGUACGUGGAGAAAGCAGCUUGGGGUGACUUGAGCGUGGUUCGAGGAGUUGAAGAGGGCGAUCGAGGAUGAAGAGGGCGCAUAAGCAACUCAUGGAGCUGAGCGGAGUUCGUAGACGCAUAUCCGUCUUUGCGAAUUAUCACGGUAUUUCUGGUUCAACACGAAUCUUACCAGUCGCAAACUCCUUUGCAUCCGUUCACGUAGCUGACAUCGCUUGACUACCUCGUACUUCGUAUACCCCUGUUUUUCACUUUCCCAACCCAGUAUCGGUGCAGUGUUUCAGCUACCUAAACGCGUUAGACCGUGCAAUAU